AUGGAAGCCAUACGCCGAACCACGACACAAUCAAACUUACUAUCCGUUAAUAUGAUGAAAGUGUUCCUGGAUAAUGAAAUCGGAGAAGACCUAAAUGAAGCAUACAUGGACUAUUUUGAGGAAGAUAUGGACAUAGCAUACAUCGAUGACGAAAACGAAGAGGAAUAUGUCCAAUCCUAUGCUGCAGCCCGAGAAAACGAGGCUAUAGGUCGUGUCAAGAAUAGACAGGCCGUACCGAAGAGGCCCCCAGAGAACCUGCAUCAGCGGGUACGAGGAAUGCCCACAGGGCCAACUAAAGCCGCUACUACGAACCCCUACGGAACCCGGAUGAAUCCAAACAAAAACAUAAUAAGCGACGAUCCAGGGAUACACGAGAGGAACGUAUGGCACGAAAGCUUACCUGUCACAGAUAACAUAGUGCCAAUAGAUGUGCGUUCCCCACGUAUACAUAACCUGCCCGAGGCUGAAGACGUGGACAUGUCAUACGAGACGUCACCCGCCGUGGUAGGACAGAAUCCUAGUACGUCACAAAACGAUGAAUUAGCCACUCGGCGGAGGAUAGCACGACAACCUUUGAUAACAAAAAGGUACGAGCCAGACAGCCUAAUGAAAUCAGCAUUGAACGCGCCCGUGACUGUUCCCAUGGGAGAACUUAUGGCAUGUAAUCCCGAAUUGCGAAAGCAGAUUAUUAAAGAACUACAAUACCGGACGCUUAAAAUGGUGGAAAAUCAAGGGUUAGCUAAUAGCACUUACUUGGAAACAGAAGACGAGCCUGCUCGGGUGAAUUUGGUACGCAUGCAACCCAUCCGAUCCGAGCCAAUAAUCAGGUCAAAUCUUAUAAUGAUAAAGGUAGAUCUGGGGGUUGGCGACAAGAAACUAUUGGUGGACGCUAUCGUGGAUUCAGGAUCAGGAAUUAAUAUUGUUAGUCAAAGUGUGGCUCACGAGUUAAACAAGCAAUAUCCGCUGACUCCCUUGGAGGAAAUUCGAUGUUCAGAUGCCAACGGAAAUCAAGGCAUGCUAUACGGACAGUUUAAUAAUGUAAAUCUUAAACAAGCCAAUAUAGUAACCAACGCAGCGUUCUUUGUGGGGAGCUGCCAUGUAAAUUUCCAACUGCUUUUAGGCCGACCUUGGAUACGAGGAAAUUUAGUGUCAAUGGAUGAAAGAGUAGAAGGAACUUACUUGGUCUAUGGAAAUCCUAAACGACCAAAAGACUAUACCGAGCUUUUGGCAGUAGACGAACAGUGGGAAUCCGGAACAAAGGAAUCAGCAAACACGUAUUUUGCCGGAAUCCAAGAAGUAACAUUUCAGGGAGCAUGGAAAAUUAACGAAGGAGAAGAAAUUGUUGAAAUAGGACCUCCAGUCACGUUCAUGAUGUGUCUAGCCAGGCUUGAGGACCGAGACUUAUCCAAGGAAGCCGAAUCAGAAACAAAGACGCGUCAUACAGGUGAACAACAAAACACCAGACCCAAGGAAGAGCAGGGAAAGCGAAAAGGUACCCUUGAAAAAGGAAACAAAGACCCAGAGACAGAUAAUGCGGACCCGCAACAAAUCACCUUGACAGAGAAGAUAAACAAGAGGCUGAACUCGACAAUGCGAUACCAAAUGCGACGAAUAGAACAUAAGAUUCUUGCAUUGAAAACACUAAUGGGACACAUGAGGCGCACUGAUCAAGAGGAAAACAUGCCACUUACCGUGCCUCAAUGUUACCCAACCAAUAAUCGAUGCAUCCUGUUGUUCAAUAGAGUACGAGGAGAGCGCAUAGGGUAUUCAAAACAAGUCCUGCCACUGUGGAGCAUUUGGCAAACAAUGCCUGACUCAGAUGACGUCAAAGUAAGGCUAUGCUCACCAGCAGAAAUCUACCACGGACUUCGAGAAACAACCAGAAAGUUGUUGCGACAAAAGAGGACAGGACGACGCGUAUAUAAGGCCUUGGAAAACGACGAAGAGGGACUCACCAACUACGAUCACUACACCCUUCGAAAACCACAUAUGCAAACAACUAUGUCAUACCCGUCCUUUCAGCGCACUACGGACCAGGAAAUCCGUCUCCGUCUAUGCGACGUAACGAACUCCGAAAGUCAAGAACCGUCGCCAGUCGUUCCGCCCAACAAUAUUCCCCGACCUUUUCCCUUAUCUAAAUCCGCCGCAUACUUUCCUAUAACCGACCUCACUUGCCAAACCCAUUUGGUGCAACUUCAAAACGCACUAUUCCACCCCAACGUCACUGGCCCCGAAUCCUUUCAUGCGAUCCUCCUCACUGCCAAUCACGCGGUACGACUCGAGACCGAUUUGUUCCCGGACUAUCACCUCCAGCGAACCUUUGCCUUCAAUGCGACGCUAGCAGAGUUGCAAGGGCCUGAUGGCAUACCCAUUUCUUCACGAGUGGGACAUGCGGUGAUACUGUUCUACCCUGGUGAACAUGAACGUACGUGUGCACUACAUGUUGGAUCACGAACAAAAAUUAAAGCCCCCAUAGCUUGCCUAGGAAACGAAAUAGCCAUGCAUCCUGAAGUACAUCGUCGUGAACCUGACAGCGACGAGUCCACCCCAAUCAGUUCGUCAGGAUCUAGCGAGAAUGAAGACGAGCUCAAACAAGCCUGGUGCCACAAAGGGAGUACCUCCUACCGACCCCCGAGCCCUACCGCGGCCACGGUCGCUAACGUAUUACCCACCUUGGCCCGAAGUGUAAUCCAGGAUGUAGAAGUAGAAGAAAGAGAGGACUCUCAAGGUCGGACAGCGCGUACCUUUGUAUGCAGGCUUACCGACAGGACUAAUCCGCCUAUCCCAGCUUCGGACUGUCAGGAUCAGCUCCAAGGAGGGCCACUAUACCUCCUUCUUCCUCCCAUUUUUGUUACCAUGACAGAAAAACUGGUCGACAUGAAAUGCGACGAAGCUCAAAUAGCCUUCAUGAUUCCAACCAACUUUGACCUCUCUAUGCGUCUCGACGAAGGAAAGCUUAGCCAGAUAAUUCGAGACCUCACGCAUCCCAUGACUAUGAGAUACGAUUAUACUGCCCGCACGCUGUAUCGCAUGGCAAACAAAAAGGGUUGCGCCUUGUUACUUCAUCACCCCGUAUUCCUGCGAACCAUCCAUGACAUCAUUUUCCCCUGCAAAGUCACUCCUGCGGAUCUCAGCCAAUUCUCGAUGUACGACAUGCCUCAAUUCCCGGCGUCGCUAUUCAUCUUGGAAGACAGCGGAGACUGCGAGAGUUUUGACAGCUCGAUAACGUCCGACUCACCACCGCCGUUGAUCGACUUUGAGAGCUCGGAUGAAGAAGGCGUUAUAUUCCGACCCCCGCAGAAGCUUAUAACGUACCCCAUGCCGCAGGAAAGAGAGUUAGAAAUGACAGAGCUAGGACUUCAGUCCCCGUUGAUGGAAAACCCUAAAGGUAUGUGGAGCAUUAUUCAAACCAACACCACGGUCGCUAAACAGAAAACAGAAUCGGCAAGCAGCCAAGAAAGCAGUUCGCGGUCGACCUUCUAUCAGCCGCCCACUCCGAUGCCAUGCAUUCCUCCCUGCGCACAUCCCCUCGACCAUUGUAUUCUACCUGACUACUCCAGACCAUUUUCACCCACCAUCCAAUCAUAUUUCACGCAAAUACAGCCUCCUAUGCUUCCAGAACUAUGCUCAUUCCUGGAAGACAUCAAGGGAAACAAUGGUCAGCUUGCCGAGAUUCACGAACAGCCAGAGGAGGAAGGGUGGUAUUUUAAUAAUGAUCAGACGAAUAAAGCAAUCGCAUCGGAGAUUCCCCCUCGCUUACGACUCGACAUGCGACUGGCUUCCGAUGAAAGCUUAUAUUCAGACGAGACCCCUCCUUUAUCCCAAACCUUCCGCUACUCGCGAUUUUGCCCCGAAGCACUCUACACUUCUUCUCCCUCAGACAUGAGCGCAAUAGAGGAGACGUCCAGGGACAAUUCCAUUCACAGCGUACAGGGCUACAGCACUGAUAGUUCCGAGGCUUACACGCCCAUGAGCCUUGACGAACUGAAACGUGCAAACCUUCAGGCAACCUACUAUAGCGUGGAGUCUGUUCGUGUCCGCGAGCAAACUCUCAGCCAACUUACCGACAAGUUGUACUCGCCAAGGUACUACGCCUGUCAAACCACCGAAACGGAUAGUUAUGGCAAUAACUCCGCUCUCACUUACAUCCUCCAACGUCACGAUGACUAUUGGCAUCAGCCAAGCGAAUUCCUCCCUUUAGAAAACGGUCCCUUGUAUCCGUCCCCUUAUAAUCGAGAGGACCAUCCUUUCUGUCACAACAUCGCGCACCACUACCAAGGGAGGAAAGACAAUUCACCCUUACUCGCCGAAUUCAAUGGACUCCUCCCCACUACACACGAAAAAUACGGACCCAUCGUGGGAUCGGAAGAAUAUAAAAUCGCGAAAGUGGGAAUAAAAAUUUACGAGUUGAUGCGAGACUUGGAAGUAAAGGUGGAGGACUGGCGGCAUGGUUAUGCGAACUGUACACAGCAACAUAUCAAACACAAUCGAUCCUGCAUCUAUACAGCGAUGCUCAAGCGGAACGAAGCCAAGAGGACAGGGAAAUUCGAGAAUCAUAUAUACAAAUGCGCGGGGAGAGAGGAGCCAUGGGGAAAAGAGGACGUUAUUGAAGACGAGAACAGAUUGCCGCCCCCGCCAAGUAUCCUUAGGUUUUUCAAGAAGAAGGACCUCCUCCCCUGGCAACCCCAUAUCAAAGAAGCCAAACAACGCCCCUUACACCUCGAGACCCUGAAGCUGAUGGACGGCGAUCCCGGAUACACCUUCCUCGAUGUAACUCGCACCAGCACCCUGGAGAUUUUGAACAAUCCAUGGCUUCCGGCCAUUAACGACAUCCGCAUUGCGCGCAUAUGCAUUCAUCGUUUCCUUGGACUAAUCGCCAAGCAGUUCUUGAACGAAAACUGGUGA